GCUGGCUGCUCCUCGGCUUCUCUUGUGUUGCAUUCCCCUCCCCACCUCCACGAGAGAGACAGAGAGAGAGAGAGAGAGAGAGAGAGAGAGAGACGACAAGACGGAGAGGACAAGAGGAGAAGGAGGGCGAACCGACGGCCACCGCCGGGAUGAAACCGUCCAAGAGGAAAUCGAAGAAGAAGAAGAAGCCCGCACCCGCCGAAUCGUGCUCGCCGGGGUCCGAAACCCUAACCCCAGCCGCCGCUGCCGCGGUUUCGGAGAUGGAGUCGAGCAGCAGCUGGGAUGCCUCGACGUAUGCGUCGGCCUUCAUGGCCAGCUCGUCGGGGACCGCCUCCACCUCCUCCUUCUCUUCCUCCGCCUCCACCGCGUCCUCGUCGGUCGCCGGCGACGAGCGCCGCGACCUCGCGUGGCUGCUCGACGCCUUCGCCAGCGCCACCAUCGACCAGGUCGACUCCGCCUACCGCGAGGUCGCCGGCGACCCUUUUCUGGCCGCCGGCAUCCUUGGCUCCUCGCAGGACACGCAGCCACCACAGCCCCCACGGCCGGCUCCGCCGCCCCCGCCGCCGCCGGAUCUCUCGCCGCGCGGUGGAUCUGGUGGAAAGAAGGCUGGUCGGAGGCCAAAGAGGGUUGCCGUGGCCGCCACUGGCAUGGUAUCGGACGUCAUUGGCAGGGACUACACGCGGCCUGCCCCUUUUCCUGUAAACGUGACCAAUGCAUUGAAAGGUAGGGAUGGGGCAAGCGCGAACAGUGAGUGGAAGGGUACAGAUGGGGAGGGGGAUGGCGGAUGUGGUGGCCGCAAGUACAGUGUUGAAGAUGCCGAACAGUUCCUAUGCUCCAUGCUCGGGGAUAAUUCGGACCUUGGCAUGGGUGUGGUCAGAGACGUGCUCGGUCAGUAUGGGUAUGAUGUUGAGAAGGCUUUGGAUGCGCUGCUUGAUAUCUCUGGCGUGUUUUCCGUUCAAAACAUAGAAACAUGUUAUACAAAUGUUGAAAGGAAUGGUACCCGCUAUCCAAAUAUCAUCCCAGGAAAUCAGCUAUCCAUGGACAACUUGGCGGCAGGCAAUAAAAAAUGCCCAUUACAGUUAUCAGAUGAGAUAUCCGGCAUGACACUCCAGUCUGAACUAGAACACGAGUUCCUGUGGGGUGAGCCUCACACCAGCUAUGCAAAGGCUGUUUUGGGGAUGCCACGUUCAACAACAUCGCCUUCAAGAUCGACAGCAGUGAAAGCCAGCCCACAACAGGUCUUGGAUUCGCUUUUUAAAAUACCAGAAAUACGCACAUAUGAGCCAAGUUCUAUGGACUGGAAAAAGGCAGUAAAGAAGCUGCAAUCGUUCAAUUCUAUCAUCGCAUCGAACAAUCUAGAAAGACCCAAAAACGGGGGUGACUAUCGAGAGCUCCGAGGUGUUGCUGCAAGGCAUUAUGAUAAAAUGAAAGAAUAUUAUCAGAAAGCUGCCCUGGCAUACUCCAAGGGAGACAAAUCAUAUGCUUCUUACCUCGCAGAGGAGGGGAAACAUUAUCGGGCAUUGGCUCGAAUGGACGACGAGAAGGCCAGCAGGGAGAUAUUUGAAGCCAGAAAUAAGCAUAUUACAAAUACAGUUACUAUCGACUUGCAUGGUCAACAUGUCAAACAAGCUAUGAAACUUCUCAAGGUUCACAUGAUGAUUUGUGUUUGCAUGCCAUCUGUCUUUCUGAGAGUAAUUACUGGUUGUGGUUCAAAAGGUACAAGGAAGGGGAAAAUAAAGCAAUCGGUUAUUGAGCUUGCGGAGAAGGAAUGUGUUGAGUGGCAUGAAGAAAACUCCGGAACCAUAGUACUGCGACUUGGUGGGCCAAGAGAGUAUUGUUUUCUUGAGCAUGAUAGUGAUACUGAUUAAGUUGAAGCCAUGGGUUCCCCUUUUGAGUAGACUUAAUAUAGAUUAACAUCUGAUGUAAUCUAUGUAUCUAUCUGUAUUUACAUGUGUUGUAAUUAGGUGACCUAGGUUCUGUUGUAGGCUGUAGUUCUGGCACACAGAAGUUCAGUCAUAGCGACAAGUAUGUACUGUCUGAUGUUAACAGUGUAAUGUAAUCUGAAGCUUUGUAGACC